AAACCACAUGAUGACACAUUUGUGGAUGUCUUCAUUAGUACUUUGGAAGGUAACUGGGUUGUUUCUUACUAUACUUUUCAUAUACACAGUAUACCCGAAAGAGAGAACUGUACUCUUGUGCAGAAGUGUACUAUUUCUGCAUAAGGAUUACAUAUACGAAAAACAUCCAGCAUAAAUUUAGAAGGGGACAUUUCAGCACGCAUAUCCAGCGAAGAACAAAGAACAAGAAGAAUCUGCUCAUUUCAUUUUUUGCUAGAAGAAGUGGUAUAUGGAGAAAGUGACUCCCCCCCCCCUUUUUUUCCCCACAACGCUUCGUUUAUCUAACUGUACAUAUUUGUCUGUUGUUCUACCAUCAAAAUUAUAGGAGCUACUUUUUUUCAGUAAUCCAUUUGAAGAGGAGCAAAUGGAUUUCGAAGAUAACAAUACAGAGAGUAUUGAGUUUGAAUAUGCUGAUAUCAGUACUCUUAUGGAUCAAUUGUGCCACAAAGAGGACGUAGCAAAAGUUGGAUCCAUCGUUGUCCCAUUAUUCUUCAGCAUCGUGGUCUUGCUCAGUCUCAUUGGUAACAUCUUGGUUCUUGUGAUUCUCGCAUACUUUGAGAAUAUCAAAUCAUUGACCAACAUCUUCAUACUGAACUUGGCCGUGUCAGACCUGCUGUUCACUGUCGGACUGCCGUUCUGGGCUUGUUACUACAUCUGGGGUUGGACUCUUGGAGAUGCAGCUUGCAAAGCUGUCUGCUUCGUCUUCUACGCUGGUUUUUACAGCAGCAUUGUGUUCCUGAUGCUGAUGACCAUUCAGCGCUACAUGGCCGUGGUGUACCCUCUCUCGGACUGGGAAAAAGGACAGGGUUUUGCACUAAUCCCUAUCCUCGGCUGGGUGGUGAGCAUCGCAGUGGCAUUGCCAGCCCCACUCUACAGCUCUGCAAUGCCUGAUCCAGCAGAUGCUUCAGAACUCUACUGUGAGUAUAAUUCCUUUCAGGCAGACCUUGCGCUUACGUACGAACAGAACUCUUUUUUUGUUUGCGCCUUUUUGAUCAUGGGUUUUUGCUAUGUAAGAAUUCUGCAGACCAUCUUCAAGACGCGAACGAACAAGAGACACCGUACUAUCAGACUCAUCUUCUGCAUCGUAGUCGUGUUCUAUAUUGGUUGGGCUCCUUAUAACCUGGUGAUUUUUUUACAAACGUUAACCCAUCUUAAGGUCAAGUUUUUCAUAGACUGCGAUGUCACGCAUCAUCUUGACUAUGCUGAAUACGUCAGUAAACUGCUGGCAUUUUCUCACUGCUGCCUUAAUCCCGUGCUUUAUGUUUUCGUUGGUGUGAAAUUCAGAAAUUAUCUAAAGGAGAUUCUGCAGAAGAUUUUUCAAAGGCCACUCAACACGAGUACACCACAAACACGAACUGCUAACGCUCAGUCCCUGGGCUCCUUGUACUGAUACUGCAACAACUGCAGAAGCAGUUAUUGAGCUGUCUGAUUCAUUGUAAAUAUGUUUAUAAAUGAUUUGUGCAUUUAUUUGUACAAUACUGAAAUAGAUGUACAUUAAGGCAUUUUUUUAAAAUGAUGGACAAAGAUUGGGGUUCUGUGAAUCCCAUCAAUGUACUUUUUGGUUUGUUUAAAAA